AUGUCUUUUUUAAAUACUAUACGUGGACUUGGAAGAGGAUCCAAGAAAAACAAAAAGGAUUUAGAGCCGUCAAAUAACUCCAUAUAUUCUCAUUCAAAUCUAUCUGGCAAUGGUUUGAGACGAACACAAUCUCCCACAAAGUUUUCCCCUUCAAAAUUAUCAUCUAAAGGUACACCAGGUUCAGCUCAAUAUACGUCUUCUCCUACAAAGCGUAGCAGAACAGGUCAAUCUUUACAGCACCAAGAUCUGCUGCUGCUGCUUCAAUAUGGACACCAACUGGGAAGUGUGCUGCCACUGAAGCGUUCUUCUAUACAGACCACGAAAACUACAAUUGUGAAUGUUGAUCCACCAUUGUUUUUAUGUGAACCUUAUGUGAAAACUGCUUUGGUUAAGGGAUCAUUCAAGACAAUUGUCCAACUUCCGAAAUAUGUGGAUUAUUGCGAAUGGUUGGCGUUAAAUAUUUUUGAGCUUUUCAAUCAUUUGAACCGGUUCUAUGGAGUUAUUCAGGAAUACACCACACCUGAAGCUUAUCCAACAAUGAAUGCGGGACCAAACACAAACUAUUUAUGGGUUAACUCUUCUGGUCAAGCUGUUAACUUACCUGCAUGCCAGUACAUUGAGUAUGUCAUUACCUGGGUCACCAACAAGUUGAAUGACCAAAGUGUAUUCCCCACCAAAAAUGGCGGAGCAUUUCCACCCAAUUUUAUAAAAGACUGCAAGAAUAUUAGCAGACAGAUGUUUAGAAUAUUUGCUCAUAUAUACCACAAUCAUUUCGACAAAAUAAUCCAUUUGUCUUUGGAGGCACACUGGAACUCAUUUUUUGCUCAUUUCAUAUCUUUUGUGAAGGAGUUCAAUUUAAUUGAUAGAACCGAAAUGGAACCAUUGUUACCUUUGAUAGAGAAUUUCGAACAACAAGGAAAAAUUACUCAAGUUGGGAAAUAG